CUUGACGGUGGGUCGGCGGCUGCGGCAGUGGAUGCCCAUCUUCGUGUACGCCUUCCCGGUCACGGGUGUGGCGGCGCUGGGCCUUACGCUAGGUGGCCUUGCGCUGGAGCCUGUCUCCCUUGGUGGCGCUGGCAGCCGCGGCGUGUUUGGUUGGCUGACAUCCGCGCGCUUCGGACCUUGGGUACUGUACUUGGCGCUUGGGCCGGGAGUUGUCGGGCACACAGGUUUCAACACGCUGCUUCGCUAUAUGUCUCCAUUGGCGGUAUCGCUGGCAUUUCAAUUAGAGCCGCUUGUUGGGAGCGGCAUUGGAUGGGCGGCAGGUAUCCUGCAGGCGCCAGGGCCGCUCACAUACUGCGGCGGUGCGCUGGUAAUGGCUGCGACGGUAUGGGUGACAAUGGCGAGCACGGCCAGGGAACGGUCAACCGCAGAUGCGACGGCAUCCGAGGCAAUGGCACGGGCAGAGGAACGCCAGUUAAUGUUAGAGGGGAGGGAGGGUGGUGAAGUAUCGGAAAUGGUGUCGGCGGGAGGAUGGCCGCGCGACGGAAACAAUGUUAGUUGAGGAAGGUGCAGGCCGAUGGCAGGAAGCGAGGACAGACGAUAACCAGCACUUGAUGACACUUAGAGGUAGCAAAUGAUCGCACUCCCGGACUGGUAGGAAUGCUGGUUCUGUCAUGUACGGCAUAGGGUGCGGUAAUACCAGUUGGAACCAGGUGUCAUGGGCGCCCACGUGAAUGCUAAUCAAGUUACUCUGGGGUUGACGUUAAGUUGUUAACUUCAUUGCAAACCAGUUGUAUACAUCCAAAACCUUUCCCGGGCAGAUACCUCGCACUCGCAACGUUGCGCAACCAGCUGAGAAGCGCCGGCAGACGCGACAGCGCGAUGUCGCGCACCUUCACUUUAGGAAUCGACAGGAAAUGUUUAGGAAAUUCAGUUGCAUCAUCACGUUGUGCGCGGGGCAAGCUGCGCCAUGCUCGACUCGCGCCGUUGCUGGCUAACGCGCCAGCUGUGGCAGAGCGCCGAACAGAACCGCUCUCCAAGCAGGAGCUGGUUGACUUCUUGAAGUCAGGUUGUAAACCACGUACUGAAUGGAGGUACGCAAAAUGACCUCACUCAUGGGACGUGGCAAGUUCCAACAUCCAACAUCAAUGGAUUGGCACGGAGCACGAAAAGCUGGGGUUUAACCUGAAGGACAAUAAACGUAUGUCCUACGACCAAAUAGCUCAAGUCCUGCGGAAGCUGGAGUCAAGGUUUGGAUGGAUACCCAUCAUGGAGGAGGGUCGUAUCAUCGGCGUCCACUUAGACGGCCAGAGCGUGACUCUGGAGCCCGGCGGCCAAUUUGAGCUGAGCGGCGCCCCCGUUGAUACCAUCCAUAAGACGUGUGCGGAGGUGAACAGCCACCUGUACCAGGUGAAGGCCAUAUGUGAGGAGCUCCAAUGUGGCUUCCUGGGGGUGGGCUUUGACCCCAAGUGGACCAUUCCGGAGAUCCCCGUCAUGCCCAAGGGCCGCUACGCGCUCAUGAAGUCGUACAUGCCCAAAGUUGGAUCCAUGGGUCUGGACAUGAUGUUCCGUACAUGCACCGUACAGGUCAACCUGGACUUUGAGAGCGAGCGGGACAUGAUUGACAAGUUCCGAGUUGGCCUGGCGCUGCAGCCGCUGGCGAACGCGCUGUUCGCCAACUCGCCCUUCAAGGAGGGCAAGCCCACAGGUUUCCUGAGCACCCGGGGUCACGUGUGGACGGAUGUGGACGCCUCGCGCACCGGCGGCCUGCCCUUCGUGUUCGAUGGCGACAUGUGCUUUGAUCGGUAUGUGGAGUAUGCGAUGGACGUGCCCAUGUACUUUGUGUACCGCAACGGGCAGUACGUCAACGCGCUGGGGCUCAGCUGGCGGGACUUCAUGGCGGGGAAGCUGCCGGUGCUGCCGGGCGAGUACCCCACCCUAGCUGACUGGGCCAACCACCUCACCACCAUCUUCCCGGAGGUGCGGCUGAAGAAGUACCUGGAGAUGCGCGGCGCGGACGGCGGCCCCUGGCGCAUGCUGUGCGCGCUGCCCGCCCUCUGGGUGGGGCUGCUGUACGACACGGAGGCGCAGCAGCAGGCUCUUUCGCUGGUGUCCGACUGGACGGCUGCGGAGCGGGAGUACCUGCGGGUGGAGGUGCCGAGGUUGGGGCUGCGCACGCCCUUCCGAGGGGGCACCGUGCAGGAUGUGGCCAAGCAGGUUGUGUCGCUGGCCCGGGGCGGUCUGGAGCGGCGGGGGCACGACGAGGCGUCCUUCCUCAACCGGCUGGAGGUCAUUGCGGAGACGGGGCUCACGCAGGCCGACCACCUGCUGGAGCUGUACGAGACCCGCUGGCAGCGCUCCGUGGACCCCCUCUACGGGGAGUUCAUGUACUGAGCUACUGAGGCGAGGUGGCGGCGUCAUGGGAGAUGCGCACGCAGCGCGUUUGCUGCUGCGAAAGGGGGCUCCUUUUGCCUUCCGUACAGCCGCCCGCCGUACGGGGCCAAGCAGUGGCUGAGGUCACACGUUUUCCCUUGCUUGCGGAAGAACAUGGACCUUCUGGUGUGGUGGAGUUGGGGCGGAGGGUGGCGACUCGUGCACUGCCCUCCUGGGGACAGUUGCGUGGGGACAGUAGCGAGGAAAGGAGCGCAGGUGUUUGGCGGCGCAGGUGUGAGCACGGAAGGAAGAGGCUGCCUACCUACCUACGGCCCAAGCAUAGAGCUAGGGGCAUGCUUUCGGGAUUGCAAAGCUGGUGAUACAUAAUGUGUAUAACUUUGCUGAACUGUUUAGAGAGUUGUGUGAAGUACCUCUCUGCAUGGUUCUUUGGAGCGCGAAAUGCCAAUGUGGGGUUCCGGAAUCCCAGUCUGGCUGUUCCCACGUUCACGUCAGUUUAGGAUCUGCGUUUUACCAGCUGAGGAUGGCGCAGGGGGCCGGACGUUGGUCUCUUGAGCAGCGUUGGUUUUGAGUGCCCAAGACGAGCGUUGAGGGGCUUCCGAGAUGGGGGGUUGGCGUUGCCAGGUGCUUUGUAUCCUGAAUGACCCUCAGCGCAUGGCAGGUAAGACUAGGCAAGGUCCUUUCUGGCCCGUGCGGGUUUCCUCGCAAUACAGCGCGCGGCACCCAAGACAAGCGAGCCCAGGGGGUAAGGUCGCAAGAUGCGAAUGACGUGGGAGGAGGGGGGCUCUAUUGCAGGGGUACACAAACCGUGUGAUAGUUGCUUGCAGCAAGGCAUGCGUUCACCAUCAAUCCAUGGUUUUGGGCUCCGAUUGUAGCGUUUAGAUCUAGUAGCUCUGGAGAGGGCUUGUCUGGGCGGCGGUCCGAAUACUACUUGGAUGGGUUGGGCCUGCCGGCUGAGAGUUACCGGUAACUGAGUUGGGUCGAUCUGCCGUUGCUGCUUUGGUGUCCUUGGGCAUUUCGCAUCUAGGAUUGAACAGCACUUGUUUGUUGCUGGGGAUUGUGGUUGCCAGGAGUCGUCAAGCCACGUUCAUGGUAGGUAUGUCGAGCCCCUUGUGUGUGGCUGCAUGGCUGGUCUAGGUAGGUACGAGCGCCGCCUGCAUGGAUAGGUAACGUACACACAUAUACCUGAGCACUUUAUAUUGCGAUGGUGCUCUAAACGAAUGUAGUGAGCUACUUUUGGGCACCGGUACAUACUGGGUUCGACGGGUGUAUGGCGGUGCAUGAUGCCCUGAGUGAAUGAUGCAUCGGGAUUAACCUUUGUUGUGUGUGGAUAUGCGGUCGGGCAUGCCUUUUGGCUUUCGCCUGUUCGGACCCCCUGUAAAGCAUGAAGGGUGUAACAGAUGUGGCAAGCACUGCUGCUGUUGAACGACUUGCCGACAAACAAGAAGCGGCAAGUCAUGGUUUGGUGGCCAGACCUGGA